AUGACCUCUAUAACUUAAAAGAUUAUAUCCAAAUUUGAUCCAAGACAAGUAAUCUAUCUAAAUCUAAUCUUUUUUAGUAUUAUCUAAGUGGAUGUAUUGAUAUAAUUGUUGUUUAAUAACAUAAUGGAUCCUUGAAAUCUACUCCAUUUCAUGUUAGAUUUGGAAAAUAUGAUGGUUAAGAUUAUUAAGUUGAUAUUAUUGUAAAUGGAAAAUUAACUAAUGUGAAAAUGAGAUUAGGAAAAGAAGGUUCAGCAUACUUUGAAAAAAGUACUUAUUCUUCCGGUUAUUAAUCUGAUGAUACAUUUUCUGAGAAAAAUUCGUAUAAUUACAAAUCUAAACAAUUUAGACUCUUUGAUGAAGCAUCAAACUUUAGAUAACCACAUCAUUAUAAAAAACCUGAUGAUUUAUUCAAUAGUGAUAAGAAAAAUAGUAAUUGGCUUCAAACUUUAAAAUUUUGGGGAAAAGGGUCUAAUUAAAAAAAAGAUGAUGGAGUUAAGAUUGAAACACAAAAUAACCUUAAAGAAUUUUAAUAAGUAGAUACGUCAUCUUUAGUAAUUUUAUUAUCAUCAUAUUAGGGAUUAUCAUAAAUAUAAUUACAAAAAUAAUUUCAAUAGUAAUAAUUAGAAAAACAUAUCUAAACAAUUGAUUUUGAGAAAGACAAUAUUACUUAUAGUGAUAGAGAGACCUUAUCUCCACGUUAAUCAGUUAUGGAACUCUCUCUUUGUGGUCAAUAUUAAAUUUUAUAAUAAAAUUUAACAUAAACUUAAAAAUUGCAACUAUUUGAAUAACACAAAAUUUCCUUUUCAAUAUUUGAGAAAGAUUCAAUUAAAAUAAUAAAUCAUAAAGAUCUCGUUUUUAAAAUAGGAGAUAAGUUCUUUAGUAGAGAGGCUGGAAUAAUAUAAUUAUUAGCUAAACAAGUCUAUAAUUAAGAUAUAGUUAUUGAUAGUUUAGAUUAAUAGAAGAAGUAGAAUACAUAAUAAUAAUAAUAAUAAUGGUAUAGUGUUCUCUUUGGUAAGAAGAAAGGAUCAGAUUAAAUUGAAUAAAAUAAUAAUACUUAAAGAUUAAAUACUAAUGACUAAAGUUAAAAAUAACAUCAAUAAUUUAAAUCUUAAGAUAGACUUAGAAAAAUGAGUGAGGAUACUGUUGAUACAUUUAGUACAACUUCAAUCUAAAAAAGAAGAAAAUCAUUAAGACCAAUACUUAAACCUCAUUCAUCAAUUUUAAAAUAAUUAGGAUUAUAAAAAGGUGAUAAUAAAAUUACAUACAGAUUAUGUAUACCUAAAAAGAAUGAUAUUGUUGAAUUACAUGGAACUAUUUACUUGUAUGAUUAAAAAACUAAAUUGGUCAUAUCAGAUAUUGAUGGAACAAUAACUAAAUCAGAUAUAUUAGGUUAAUUAAUGCCAAAAUUAGGAACUGAUUGGAAUCAUGAUGGAGUAGCUAAUCUUUAUUAAAAUAUACAAUCUAUGGGAUAUAAUAUUAUCUAUUUAACAGCAAGAGCAAUAGGUUAAGCAGAUCAAACUAAAGAUUUUAUUUAAAAUCUACAAUAACAAAAUACUAAAUUACCUAAAGGACCUGUAAUUUUGAGUCCUGAUAGUUUGUUUCCUGCAUUUAAGAGAGAAGUAAUCGACAGAACUCCUGAAUUAUUCAAAAUUACAGCAUUAAAAGAAAUAAGAAAUUUGUUUAUUGGAGAAAGUCCAUUUUAUUGUGGAUUUGGAAAUAGAAUAACAGUAUUUUAAUAUUUAUAUAUUAGGAUUCUACAGCUUAUUAAGCAGUUAAUGUAGAUAUAAGUCGAAUAUUCAUAAUAGAUCCUGAAAGCAAUAUUCAUAAAUAUAAUACUGAUGAAAUUACUACAUAUGUUGAGAUGAAUAAGAAUAUCCAUCUAUAUUUCCCUCCUGUUGAUGAAGAAGAGUAUUAAUCUUAAAAUUUCUGGAAGAUUCCUAUCAGUAACAAUGUUGAUAUAAAUUAUUCAUGA